AUGAAACAAUCCAUUAGUUUAUUACCUACUGUAACGUUAAUACUCGGAAUGAUCAUUCUCGUUAUUAUACGUUUUAUCUUACGAUUGAAAGAUCGAACACCGCGACCACGAAUCAGCAGUGAAGACCGUUUGAGACAAUUCAAAGAAGACAUUCGACGGAAAGGAAUUGAACUGAAUAUGUUUCAAGAGGAUCUCAAUACUGAUCGACAAAUUCGUUAUCAACGUUAUACAACACGAUUUUAUCUGUUUCUAUUGGCAAGUUCUAUUGUUGGGUUAACUGUGUAUAAAUUCUUCGAAUUAUCAAUCCAAAUCAAAAGGAUCACCUCUCCAGUUGAAUCGGAAUUCGUUGAACUGAAGAGUCAAUCUUUCCGGUCAUUCUCAUGCUCAUGUAGCUCAAUAUUGAUCCCUUACUCUGAAUUUCUCACCAUUCAGCCGCAAUAUCAUCAGCUAUGUUCGAUUACUAUCAAUGCUUUGUGA